AUGGAUUUGAAGAUUAAGGGUUCCUUUUUAACUUAUACUAACAAGAAGCAGGGCAUGGAUAGAGUAUGUACUAAGAUAGACAGAUUGUUAGUAAAUGAGAGAUGGCAUAAAUUUUUUGAUAAUGCUAGUGAUAUUUUCUUGCCUGAAGGGCUUAUGGAUCACUGUCCAUGUAUUGUGUCCUUAUUUGGUGGUGCUGAUGUGGUUAAAAGACCUUUUCGUUUCUUCAAUAUGUGGACUGAGUUUCCUGGUUAUCAUGAUAUCAUCUCUCAAGCCUGGAACACAACUGUCCGGGGCACUGAUAUGUUUGUUCUGGUUAACAAGUUGCAAGCUGUUAAGAUAUGUCUAAAACAGUUGAAUUUAUCUCAGUUUUCUAAUAUUGAGACUGCUGAUACAGUGGCUGCUGGUCAGGAAGAGUUUAAUGGAGAUCCAGGGAAUGAGGACCUCAUUAAGGCUGAGUAUGAGGUUAGAACAAGAUAUGUUACUACUCAUAAAGCAAAAUUUCUAUUCCUAAAACAGAAAGCUAAAUUGCAUUGGCUUCAAGAUGGGGAUGCAAACUCUGCUUAUUUCCAUGCUUGCUUGAGGAGUAGGAGAGUUCAUAAUAGGAUCCCUAAUAUUUCGUUGCCUACUGGUGAGAUCACUCAGGAUCCUGCGCUGAUUAGUGAUGCAUUCACUACUUUUUAUGUUGAGCUCCUGGGAACUCAUACUAGUCCUCAGAUGAAGCUUCACCCUACUGUCAUAAUGGAGGGGGUUGUGCUCAAUGAGGAUCGAAGAGGGGCUCUUUGUAGGAAUUUUAGGGAGGAGGAUGUUAAGGGAGCUUUGUGGAGCAUUGAUGAAGACAAAGCCCUAGGGCCAGAUGGGUUCUCUAGUAGAUUUUUCAAGAAUUCUUGGGAUGUUGUGAAAUCUCACCUGUGUAAAGCUGUGUUGGGUUUUUUUGAGCAUGGCAGACUUCUCAAAUAG